AUGCUCAGUAAGAUAUUCGACAUACUUAGUUGUCUGGACAUGACAGAACUAAUCGUCAUCAAGGCGAGAUGCCGCCAGAACAUUGUAAAUGAUAUGGCGCGUCCUAUUAGUGACUUGUAUCAAUAUCCGAAGAAGUCCCCUUGGGUGUUUUCUAUCCCCCAAAUUCUCUCGACCAGUGGCAGUGGGGAGAGUGUUACGAGCCAGAGACUGAUCAAAGCUGCCACUCGGGAGAUCCACAACGUGGUUUCUGGAAAACACCCGCAUUACGAAUGCUUUGAGGAUUUGAAGGCCGAAUAUGCGAAACGCGCUCAUGAUCGCCCCCUCGUUGAGAAUCUCGGGCAUCAAUUGAGCCUGAACUGGGCACCAUUCUAUGUUACGGAGCACCAGGUGGUGUUACGUCGCAAUCUCGAGUUUAUCCGAUCCAUGGCCAAGAUGGAAAGAAUCAAACAUCAGACCGCUUUGCACUGCCCAAGGCUGAAAAAGCUUCUCAUCACUUUCAACAGAGACCUCUCCCUUUUGACGCUGAGCGUCUGGGUUCACAAUCGAAUCGAAAUCCUGACCGAGCUGAACACGAUGCUUGGUGGUCGAAUCCGACGUCCAGAAAUUGCCAAUACGGAGGAAAUAGACUGCCCCGUUUGCAACGAAGUCUUCCGCGUUAUUGGGAUAAUGGAUCACGUUAUCGAAAGUCAUCCAGAAAUCGAUCCCAACGAGUUUUCUCUCAAGCCAAAAGACGUGGUCUACUGCAGGCAAUGUGUAGGAGCCGACCGUCGUAGAAUGUUUACCUUGGCCGGCCUUGAGAUGCACAAGACUUCCGAACACGAUCCAUCUCACCUCAAAGUCUCUUGUGAUCUAUGCGAACCCACUACUCGGAACAAACAGCGGAAAUUCUCGUCGGCUGGCCUCGCUGCCCACAUUUUCGCCAAACAUCCGGGCCAAUAA